GCCCAUACGGCAUCCCCGAUCUGCGUUGGCAAACAAAAAAAUCAGUUGUCAGCGUUGAUCCCGAUUUGGCCGCGCAAGUUAAUAAUUGAUGAAAGCAAGAUGAGUUUAAAGCCUACUUCGUAUACGCAGUUGGUAGAAGGCUGCACGCUCUCCGUGCGUAUGGAAAAGCCAGAUGUGUGGAAAAUGGCGGAAAUUUUGAGCACCAAAAAAGUGGGGAACAAGCGUCUAUACUAUGUGCACUUCUUGAAUUUUAACAAGCGUCUGGAUGACUGGUUCGACGAGAAGGAUCUGGACUUGUCGUCUGUGCAGUUUCCUCGCAACCGACAGCGCUACGCAAUGGAACGUUCUACAGGAUCGCGGAAGAAUCUCCCAAACGCCCCUUCCAAGCAAUCCCAACUGAAGAAGAAGCCUGUACAUGAAAUCAAGAAUGUGCAGUGGAUUGAGCUGGGAAAGCAUCGCAUGAAGCCCUGGUACUUUUCGCCAUAUCCUGAGGUAAUGUGCGCCGAGCCGUGCAUCUACUUGUGCGAGUGGUGCCUAAAGUACGUGAUGAAUGCCACAUGCCUGGCUCGCCAUUUGAUUAAAUGCAAUCUUCGCCAUCCGCCUGGCGAGGAAAUCUACCGCAAGGACACAAUAUCGUUCUUCGAGAUUGACGGACGCCGGAGCAUGACAUACGCGCAGAAUCUCUGCCUCCUGAGCAAGCUGUUCCUAGACGAAAAGACUCUGUAUCACAACACAGAUCCCUUCCUGUUCUACAUAAUGACAGUGUUCGACUCGCGCGGCUUCCAUAUGGUGGGAUACUUCUCUAAGGAGAAGGUGAGCGAAGACAACAACUUGGCCUGUGUGUUGACUCUACCUCCGUACCAGCGCAUGGGCUAUGGCCGCCUGCUCAUCGAGUUCAGCUACGAGUUGUCAAAGUGUGAGGGGAAGACCGGCACGCCAGAGAAACCGCUCUCGGACCUGGGGCUUCUCUCUUAUCGUUCCUUCUGGGCCCAGGCCAUACUCGAUGUACUCAUCAAGCAGAAGCUCGACGUGGCGGAGGACAAGAUUACCAUUUCCAUCAAUGAAAUCUCUGAGAAGACUUCCAUCAGCACAGAUGAUGUGGUAUCCACGCUGACUCAUCUGAAACUUAUCAAGUACUAUAAGAGCCGAUACAUUGUCUGCGUCAAAGGCGAUGUCGUUGAGAAUUAUUUGAAAGACAAGGCCAAACCUCAACUGUGCAUUGAUGCCACCUGCCUGCGCUGGGUGCCCAAGGAUUGGACUGGUUCAAAGAAACGCUAGGAAUGAAAUAAUCCCUAGAAUAGUCUAUAUUUUUAGAUCGCAUCAGCAAGCAGGAGUUCAAUCUUCUACUACUUCUACCUCUUGAACAGACAUUCCCGAAUU